CUGGACUGAGUUGCAGUUGGAGGUGGGGGGGUUGUAGGUGGAAAUGAGGCUGGACUGAGGUGCAGCCAUUUGCUCAAGGGCUCCCCAGGGGUGGGAGGCAGCGGGAAUCCGAGGAAAUAGGGAAUCAAAGGGACUCCGAAGAGGCCCAUCUACACUGACAGAAGAACUAGCAGCUUGAGAGUAAAUCCUACCCCUGUUAAUCCUGUUUGAUGUUUCUUGGAAUGAUGCAAGUCAUUGAGACUCUCGGGCCUCCCUGUAAUUUAAUUCUCCCACCAUUCCGGAGUGGUGUGUGUGUGUGCUGGCCUCAGGAAACGAGCAGCUAUUUCCAUUCCUCCGGCCCUUGCUGUUUUCCAGCCAACCAGUGUGCCUCUGGAUUUGUUUCUGUUGCCCAGGUCAAGGCCUGCUUUGUUUUCCCUUCUAACACUAUUUAUAAUUUCCCAGUUGCUAUUUUAAGUUCUUUUGAGGGAAGAUCCCACCUCCAAGAACCUUUCUGGGUGUGUUUCCUCCUAGGCAGGUGUUGAAUUGAGUUCUUCAGGUCCCCAAGUAGCUCUUGGGCAGGAGGGAUAAAAGCUAUUUUAGGGUAGUCACUGAAGUGGAGCUGUUAAUCCUCUGUGGGUCUCUUUGGUUAAGAACACUCAGAGAUUAACCCUUUCCUUGCUGCAGAAACUGCUGGCUCAACAUUAUUUGAUGGGGAGAGUUGGGAAAAUUGGACUGUGGCAGCCGAAGGUGGGAACACAAAAUUCAGUACAAAGACCAAGAUAAUAGCUUUCUUUUGCUGGGCACUUUGAGCAGGCCAAACCUAAUGCUGAGCUUUUUGCAUACCUGACUAAAAUAAUCCUUACAACCAGACUGUGAGGUAAGUAUUUUUAGCUUUACAGAUGAGGAAACAGGCUAAUAAUGGAGAAAGAACGCAGUUUCUAUAGAGAUGAUGUAACACCAUAAAAACUAUAGUUUCAUCAGAGGGCAGCCUACAUCACAGCACUACAGAAGACAGACCGGAGCUUCUAAAGGCCACAGAGAGCAUUGAGCAAGCAUUCUUACUUUGGGUAUGGAACUUUAAUAAUAGAAGAGGGCAUAAUAAAGUGGUCAUCCAGGCAAGAGAAAACUCUGACCCAGGGAUGUGCUGGAGGGAGGUAAAGGGCUGGUGGUGAGGGUUAACAGUGAGGGAAAAGAGGAAGGCUGAGUUCUGAGAUGUUGGGAAGGGAAGGAAACUGACUUUGAGGCAUGAGAAGUAACACCAAGAGGGAGAGAGAAGUUCCACUGGGCCCUCAUGAAGAGAGGCAGCAGCGAUAUUGCCCUUGUGGGCUUCAUUUGUUCACAUUUCAUGUUACUCUAAAUAGUGCCACUUCUUCACUUCAUCCUCUAGAAAAUGUACAGAUUGAGAAUGAAUCUCUUCCAGAAAUUGAGGAGAGUAAGGUUCAGAGAAAUGAAAUAACCUGCCUGUGGUUUCACAGCCAGUGAGUGGUGGCUCGUCUGAUAGCAAGUCCAAGGUUCUUUCCGUGCUGCCUCCCCCUUCAGAUCAGAUGCCAGAAGAAUCUUGGGCUGAAAAUACACUGACUUAUACCAGUCCCUGGGAGGGAUUGUGUUUGUUUUAUGGAAACAGGUUCUGUCAGCUUCUCCAUAGCUACAGUUAGAGUGAGACCAGAAGAGCAGCUUUGGGGAGAAGCAACAUUCUUUCACAGUUUUGACAGGAAGUAUGAAGAACUAGGUCUGAUUCAUGAAUCAAACUCAGGAUUUUUUUGAAUCAGAGGAGUAUGUAGACAAAGGACACAGAGAAAGUCAGACUAGAUCCCCAAAAGGUUCCUAGGUAAUACCAGCAACUGUGGCUGCCCAGCAGCCUGGUGGCCACUGAUUAUAGGUAAGGAUCUUGCUGUUUUCUCAGAGGUCUAGGGGAGUAGGAUCAAGGUGGUGACUCUUUUCUUCUAAAGCCAUAACCUCAUUAAUGCUGAAGUUGAGCACGUGGUUCCCACCUUCCUCCUCUGGUUCUGUCUGCAUCUUCACGAGCUCUUAGCCACUAACAGCCUGUUUCCUAGAAGCCCAUUACUCACUCUUUCAGUGCCAACAUGCUAAACUGCUGUGUCUUGUUUGUGCAUGUUCACCAGAACAGAUGAGGUGGACGUGUGGGAGGUGGGGAUGUACCAUUCUCUCUCUGAGUUUGUGCGGAAUUUCCAGAGAUAGGCUCCCUUCUCUCAUCAGCUAGAGCAGUGUGACUUGCUUUCCUCUAGCUGCCAUUCCCAACUUCUAAGGCUGAGAUGCAUGAUUUAGAUAUGAAGCGGGAGCGGAAUUUGACUUUGAAGGUAUGGGAAAUUCUCUCUAAACUAGACAUGCAUACUUGGAGCUCAUUCUCUCUAGUUCCAGGGUACAUAGUAAUCGCUGGUAUAAACAGGUAAUUCCACCCUUGCGCAGGAGGGGAGUGAGUUUGAACAAUGAAAGCCAGCCAUCAGAUGCCUUUGAGAUGUAUAGAGAACAGGCAGAUAUUCCAGGAUAACUCAAGUGAAGAGACUGUUUUCUAAAGGCUGCGUUGGAGACUGUGACUGAGCAGAACCGAUGGGGAGGCUUUCUGAAUAACAUGGCCCUCUGCCAUUAGCCUUGCCAUGACCACAUUUUUCACCAGCGUCCCUCCCUGGAUUCAAGAUGCAAAGCAGGAGGAGGAAGUGGGCUGGAAACUAGUUCCCAGGCCUCGGGGCCGGGAGGCAGAGAGUCAAGUGAAGUGCCAAUGUGAAAUCUCGGGGACACCUUUCUCAAAUGGGGAGAAGCUAAGGCCUCACAGCCUUCCCCAUCCGGAGCAGAGACCGUAUAGCUGCCCUCAGCUGCACUGUGGCAAGGCUUUUGCCUCCAAGUACAAGCUGUAUAGGCACAUGGCCACCCACUCGGCCCAGAAACCCCACCAGUGCAUGUACUGUGACAAGAUGUUUCACCGAAAGGACCAUCUGCGGAACCACUUGCAGACCCACGACCCCAACAAGGAGGCCCUUCACUGCUCUGAGUGCGGUAAGAAUUACAAUACAAAGCUGGGUUACCGUCGCCACCUGGCCAUGCAUGCUGCCAGCAGUGGUGAUCUCAGCUGCAAGGUGUGCCUGCAGACCUUUGAGAGUACCCAGGCCCUAUUGGAGCACCUGAAAGCUCACUCACGCCGGGUUGCAGGAGGUGCCAAGGAGAAAAAGCACCCCUGUGACCACUGUGACCGGCGGUUCUAUACUCGGAAGGAUGUUCGACGGCACUUAGUGGUCCACACUGGUCGUAAAGACUUUCUGUGCCAGUACUGUGCCCAGAGGUUUGGCCGCAAGGAUCACCUGACACGCCAUGUCAAGAAGAGCCAUUCACAGGAGCUGCUCAAGAUCAAGACAGAGCCAGUGGAUAUGUUAGGCUUACUCAGCUGCAGCUCCACAGUCAGUGUAAAGGAAGAGCUGAGCCCCGUGCUCUGCAUGGCUUCUCGGGACGUGAUGGGGGCCAAGGCCUUUCCUAGCAUGUUGCCCAUGGGUAUGUAUGGUGCCCACAUCCCUACCAUGCCCAGCGCGGGCGUGCCACACUCGCUGGUGCACAACACGCUACCCAUGGGUAUGAGUUACCCUCUGGAAUCUUCUCCUAUCUCCUCCUCAGCUCAGCUCCCUCCAAAAUACCAGCUUGGAUCUACCUCAUACUUGCCUGACAAACUGCCCAAAGUGGAGGUGGAUAGUUUUCUGGCAGAGCUUCCUGGAAGCCUCUCUCUCUCAUCGGCUGAACCCCAGCCCGCCUCACCUCAGCCAGCGGCAGCUGCAGCCCUUCUAGAUGAAGCCCUGCUCACCAAGAGUCCCGCCAACCUCUCUGAGGCCCUCUGCGCUGCUAAUGUGGACUUCUCUCAUUUACUGGGCUUUCUUCCACUCAACCUACCCCCAUGUAACCCGCCAGGGGCCACAGGAGGCUUGGUCAUGGGCUACUCCCAAGCUGAAGCACAGCCUCUGCUCACCACUCUGCAAGCUCAGCCUCAAGAUUCCCCUGGAGCUGGGGGACCCCUGAACUUUGGACCUCUGCACUCCUUGCCUCCUGUCUUCACCUCUGGCCUGAGUACCACCACCCUGCCUCGUUUCCACCAAGCAUUCCAGUAGCCCCCAUGGAGGUCCCCCACUCAGUCUUUUGGUUCUGCAAGGGAGCCUAAGUACCCACCCCGUCCACCUCUCCCAUGAAGGCAGCUGAGCUUUCAGAGCUGGGUUCAAAAAGAGAAUUCCAGUGUCUAUAUGGAGCACUUGGUUUAGGGGUUCAGGCUCCAGGAUCAAUCUAGAGAGAUCCUUGAACCCAGCCCCGUGAACAAUCUAUCAUAGGACUUUCAGGUAUUUUUACUUUUAUUUUUUGAUCUGAACUGGGAGCUAUUUUUAGCCCUCUGUCUCUCCAAAGCAUCAGAACCACCUUCAAUCUGGAGAAGGGGAAGCCUCUUGGAGACAGAGGGUUUUACUUGUAUGACCUCAAGAGAAAUAGCUUAAGAAGCCCGCCUUCUGGUCCCAACCUGUAGACCCUCCAGCAGGUGGCUGUUGAGUCCCUGCUGUGGAAGGUCUCUUGACUAUUACCUGCUUCCGGCUACCAGGCAGGAAAGAGGGGCUCUAUUCUCAGCAAUCCCUACUCUACCAGCAGCUCCAUUUCAGUCAGUGUUGUCCAGCAACGGUACCGUUUACACAUUCUCCUCAGACACACCAUUUCACCUCCCUCACCACACUGUUAGCCUUAGAGUAAUUGCAGUGAACACUGUUUACACACCGUGAAUCCAUUCCCACCAGUCCAUUUCAGUUGCCACCAGCCUGAACCACUUGGUACCUGGUGUUAACUGGAACCCUGUUUACAAGGCGGAGUCGGGUCUUGCUGACUUCUCUUCACUUGAGGUCACAUUUUUUUCCCCUGUGGGGAAAUAAACUGACUUUGGACUGCUUCAGUUUCUGCCAUCUCCAUGACUGCUUCUGUUCCUGCCUUCCGUGGCAGUGUCCACAGGAGAUAGGCAAGAAGAUUGGAGCAGCUUUCUCACAGGUCUGCAAUUUGGUUUUUCUCCAAGUACAUCAUGACACCUUCAUCCUCCUGAACUGGAGAGAGGAAGAAAUGAAAGGCAUCCAUAUCCACCAUUUCCCCAGUCUCUAGCCCCACCCUGGACAUCAUGAGCUGUUGUAUUUGUCUUGGAAGGAGGGGUUCUGGGCUCUGGGCUGGUUAGCAGAGAAGAGGGAAUGUGCCCUGUGUUUGUUUCCCUCCUGCUUGUCCUUUCUCUAGGACAGAAUGGAACUGUCAGAGGAGUUUCUAGAAAGUUAGGAUUGGGCAGAUAGUUGAGUCCUAAUCUAUCAAAUCAUUGUUGCCUCUCAUACCAAAAUGUUCUUACCUACAGCGUCCCUUCUCCUUUCCCUGCUUCGCAGUCCCCAUGGACUCUGGGCACUGUGCAUUGUCUUCUCUGCUCUCCGUUGAAGACCUUCAACUUGUCGUGGUCCCCUCAGUUGCCCUGAGUAUCUAGCAGUGUUUCUUGCAAGAAGUUAGUUCUUCUGCUGACUUGGGGCUCUCUGCCACAGACUGCACAGCCCUUGCCCAGAGCAGUCGGAUCCCUACUCCCAUUUCAUCUCGGUUCUGUAUGGGCUUUUCCCAUGCAUGGAAGGGAGGCAGCUCAGGGACCAUCAUUGUGGAACCUUUUGAGACACCUCUCUAAUUCAGAAACACACUUCUACCUCUUUACUGUUAACUCUUACAGAUGUAGCCAGCAGCCUGGGCACUUCUGUUAGUGGUGCCUUUUGCUGGCUCCUCCACUAGGGUUUCAGGACAGACUACCUAGGAACUGCCUCAAUCUCCCACCAGUUCUUCCCUGUCCCCUCCCUUCUGUCUAGAUUCACUUCAGUUUAUCAUUGGGAACUGUGCAGGUCCAAGACCUGGACUCCUGCUUCAGCCCAGGCCAGUACUCCUUGUUUGAGGUGAAAACCUUCAGAUUUAACUCCCUGGCCCUUGUUUGGAAGCAAUGUGGAGUGAAUAAGAUGUUUUGAUUUAAGCAAGGUAGCUUGGAAUACCUUUUUAAAAUAAAAAACAACAACAACAAAAAAACUGGAUAUAACUACGUCUGACAGGAUUGGAAUCAGACUAGGUGAUUUGCUUCUAAAGAUUAGUUUCAGUGAGUCCCAGGGACUAAUUAAGGUUUAUUUUUAAAAGCGUCUACCUUGGUACGCAACCAUCUCCUGCAUGCUAUGCAUGUUGUUGGGACUCGUAUUACAGGAAAUGGCAUGUGAGAAUCCAAGUGGAACUCGCUGUUGCCAUUUUCCUUGUGUUUGGUCUUCACUAGACCCAGGCCCCUUUCUCCCUUUGCCUGCCACCUCCCUAUUGUUUUCAGAAGCCAGUAGCCUCCAGCCACACAGUAUAGUGCACUGGGCUAUUUGAGGAGAUCUGUUCUCCUGAGCUUGUCCUCCCUUGGUGCUCAUAGGACAGCAGAGCACCUAUUGUAAAUCUUGUAGCUGGGGCCUUGCUCCCACCUCCAGUCUUUUCUCUUUGCCUUUCCUCAUCCAUCCUUUCUGUUUUUCAGCUUUUCUCAGUGUCCUUACCUAAGGAAAUUUCCUAUCACUGUGAACGCUGGUUAUCUGCCUUCACUCUUUCGGACCACAAACCACCCUGCAGUUUCUUAACUCUUUCCCCAACCUACCACCCAAAAGAGCCUUUUUGGCCAGUUGUUAAAAGGAUGAAAAUAAUUUGCUCUGUACUCGGUGCCCAAACUCAUUUAAGUACCCCUUAUGAGGCCAAGAGAGCCAGAGGGUCAUCUGCCCAGGACAGGAGCCAUGGUGUGUGUGUGGCACAGACCAAUCAGGGACCAGAAAAGAAUGAUGUCCCCUUUCCUUGCCACAUACUCUAGCCUGUCAGCAAUGCACUGCACAGGGGCAAGCGCCCCUCAGCCUGCACAGGCUGUCAGAGUUGAGGACUGUCCUGGGGCCAGGGACUAGCAUGCCCAGGUGUCGGCUCAGAGGAUCCUAGCACCAUCUUAAACAGGUGGGAGGCAGGGAAGGGUGCGCCAGUGUGUCUCUCCCCGACUUUACGUGGUGUUUUUGUUAAUGCAAAUCUGGGGAAGCAGGUGUGAUUGCUUUUUUGUUCGUAGAUAUUGUCAUAAGUUGAAAUCUCCCUAAACCUCCCUUAGUAGCCUUUAAGUUUUCCCUUCCCUUUUUGGUAGCUAUUUUCCCUACCCCUUCUCCACGAUUUAAAAAACAAAACAAAACAAAAACAAAAAAAAAGAAAAAAAAAAAAACAGGUUGUAUUAUACAGGAUCAAUAUUUUGCUUUUUAACAAGGAUAUUUAUGUAAUAAGAAACUUUGCCUUAGGCAGGUGUUGGCCAGAAAAGUCCAGAUUUCUCUGGGACCUCACCCUGGCCUCUCCUGGAGCUCUGAACCUGCUGUAGAAGGAAGUGGCUGUGACUUUCACCACUGGAGAGUGGGGUUUGUGGUGUGGAAAGGGUGUUCAUGGUGUAAUCUUGGACUGUGUGGAGUGGUUCCUACCAACUUGCUUCAGGUGUUGCCUGUGUCAUCUGCCAGUUCUCCCAUGCGCAACCUCUGCGUGUCCGGCACUAGAAUUCCUGAACACUACUUCACACCCUUCUCUUACUCCCAGUUGGUUGAAGCUUUGGAGCCACUCUUUCUUAAUGCCAGAUUAUUUAAAGAAAGAAAAUUACAAGACAAAAACCUUCUAGCACUUUGUAAACACAGUGAAUAACCUCUUGGAGUAUUUUUGGCUUUAUAUAAAACAAGGUUUUUAAUUGUAAAAUAUAAGUGCCAUUAGAAAAUGCACAGGGCAUAUCUUUGUUAAAGUAGAUUUUUCAAUGUUUUACAGAAUUAAUUUUCAAAAAAAGUUUUUAUAAUGAAGUUGUUUAUUAAAAACUUCUGAAUGAUG